AACAUUUGGCAUGUACAUCCUGCAUAUUUACCUAAUUUUCCCCACUUUUCAACAUUUAUUAGCCUUCGCAUCAGCCAUAAAUUAUUUCAAAGAGCCCAAUUUAAACCUGCUAUCACCGUUUAAAACCUGUGUCCUUUGUGUGGGACUUUCUGUCUCCGACUCAUUGUGAGUAAAUAAAACCUUCCUGCCCUGAACUCCGAAUGAUCUGUCAUGUAAAUAAAUCUCCUGAUUGCUUAAGACAGCUUAUAAACAGACGUUCAUUUCCACAGCUUCCAGUCCACAAUGAGGGGCUUCAGACCAAGUGUACACAGCAGCAGAUUGAGUUAAAGUCUCCACGUGAGAGAUGUGGAUCUUCCCCAGACUCUGACAUCGUGAUCGUUCUUGUCGGAUUAAGCGAAUCAAUCGGACUGAGUGGGAAAGAAGAGGGAGACCGAGAGGACGAGAAGAAAGAGAACUCUGUUGGGGGCAGAGGGGGUGGGGGUGGCGAUGGGAGGCAGCUCCACCCAUAAUUGAGUUACCCCCGCUGCGCUGAGGGUCCAUGUUUAUGGCACAGAGGAGGGAGUUUCCUUCACUCUGUGGACAAUCACAGCAGAGGAGCGAGUUCUGGAACUCUCCUCCGGCUCUGGCUCUUCCUGCGGCUCAUCGCCCCCCACUCCGCCGCGACAGACUGACCCGCAGCACACCGACAGCCUGACGGAGAGGUGGAGGGAAGAAGAAGAAGAAGAAGCAGUUUGUAGUAGCACCUGCCCAAGCCUCCAUCCCUGGUUCCUCUGCUGCAUCGGCUGCCACCAUGUGCGACUGUUUCCACCUGGCGUUUCCCAACUGGCACGCUGCCCCCUCUGGGACGGCAGGGAGAAGACUGCGAGCACCAGAACCCGCCACACAGGACGAUUCAAUAUGCGAAGAGCCGACUCAGUUUGCCGAGGGGGAGAGACCCCGGCCACAAGGGUCAUCCCCGGUCCAGGAGUAUCCAGAGGCGGCAAAAUACGCUGACAAAGAGUGUGAAGAACAUGAUGCAGACCACAAAGCUGGGAGUGGACACAAAGGUAAAAAGUCUGGCCUCAGCUCCAUCUUCGAGAGGACCUCCACUCCAAAAAUGAGUAAAUUAAAGGAAGCUCCCAGUCCUGAAGGUGGCGUUAUAGUGAACACAGCCCAGGAUGGGUGUGCAGAGGGUCUGGUUUAUGGCGGAGGAGGGAAAGAUGGGAUCUUCAUAAAGAAAGUAGUUCCAGAGUCACCAGCUUCAAAAAGCUUAAAAGUCAAAGAAGGAGAUCAGAUUCUGAGCGCCACAGUAUAUUUUGACAACAUGUCAUAUGAGGACGCCAUUCAGAUUCUGGAGCAUGCUCAGGCUUACAAGUUGAAGCUUUGCCUAAAACGCCAACCGGACAUCACAGAGACGGAACCAACUAUCGAUUCAGACGUUAUUCCUGAGGGAGAAGUCAGUUCCACAGAGAUGAGGGAACAAGGAAAAACCAGAAGACGUGGCGACGCUCGCAUCUCGUGGCCAAAGUUUCCCUCCUUUGGAAAAGGACGUAAAUCUCGUUUCACAAGGUCUCACAGUUCGUCAGAAGCAGAUGAGCAGAGAAAACUUGAGCUUAGUCCUACGACAAGUGACACAGAGUCACCUAUAAAAUCCCAGGUUGCCCUGAAAGGAAAGAAGAAGCAUAAAAUAAAGCUCUCUGGUCUAACGAGAAGAGGCCGCAUAAGUUCAUCUGAGGAUCAGGACACAGAUGCUCCAACAUCUGGGCAGAUGAGUAGUGACGUUCAGCAGAAGCAGGAAUCAGACACACUUUCACCCGAGUUCCCUGAAUACCCCAUAGCAGAAACACCAGAGAUCAAUGAACAGGCAGGGGAAGCUGUGGAGUCUGGCCCGGUUCAACACAAGGUGGAACUCGUCAGUGUAGACGCUACUUUGAAAACCGCAGAUCAAACCGUAGUGCUGGGCGAUCAGGAAGGCCAGUCUGCAGCUCCAAAAUCCCCAGACGAGAAAAAGAAGAAGAAAGAGAGGUCAGAUUUAAAAAUAAAGAUCCUGGGGAAGGACAAAUCGCACAAAAAAGACGCAAAAGCAAAAUCCUCCCCCAAAAGGCUUAAGACUCUUGGAGCAAGUGUUGAAACAGAAGAUCUUCCCGAAGCAGGAAAAUCUGCUGCUAUUUCAAGCUCUGAGUCAAAAACCAAACUGCUGGGAGAUCAGUCUACGGUCGGCGUAGAUAGCAAAAACCAAGGUGGAGAGAGUUCAAAGCUAAUCUCAUCCAAAUCCAUUACAUCGCAGAUAAGUUUACCAAAGGUGGAACUUGACUUAUCAGUGAGGAAAUCUCCCAAAAAAGGCGACGACAAAACACAGAAAGGAAAGGAGACGAAACAGAAGCAAUCCAAAAAGUCCAGUCCAAAACGUAAGCGACCUGAAUUAGACGUGAGCAACGUUGCUAAUGCAGAAGAAAUGCAAAAGGUGAGCGAUCAAGAACCCACAACUAUAACUGGCUGCGUUUCCACAACACAACUUCCCAAACGUGAAGACAUCGAGAUUCCAGGGAUGGAGGACAUGUCUGUGAAAACCACCGUGGAAACUAAAGCUGAUUUUAAAAAGCGCAACAAAGAAAGCAAGGCUGAAACAGUGCAAAUGUCAAUUGAUGUUGAUAGUGUGAAAGAAGCUGUUUCUAAAUUACCUGGAUUUAAGCUGCCUCAACUGGAUAUAUCUGGGGUGCCUAUCCCGGAAGAAAUAACUGUCAUAGAUGCUAACGCACAAAGAAUAUCUGUAAAAACGCCCACCAAAGUCACGAAACCAAAACAAGAACAUAUGACAAGCUCUGACACAACGGCAUCUUCAGAAAUCUCCAAAACGAUCUUUUUAACUGACAGCAGGUUUGAUUUUAAGAAAUCUCAAAUGGAAGAUAGUACCAGCCCAACAAAGUGCAAAGGUGAAGAGGAAACUAAAGAAAAAGAAUUUGAUACAACAAACGGAAAAGCAGCAACAACAGAAGAGCUGAAGACGUCCACUAGGCCAAAGAUAACGAUGCCUAGCUUUGGAAUGUCAGCAAAAAGCAGAAGACUGCCUUAUAUUGGGAUUGACAUGCAGAAACCAAGCUUCAUUCAGGAAAAAGAGCUAACAAUGGAAACAAGGAAAGAUGAAAGACAAACUGGAGAGGUCAUAUGUAAAGUCAAAAUACCUGAACUUGAUGGUAUUGAGUAUAUUGACUCAACGGACGAGUUGUUCAAAAAGGAUGGUGGCUUGACAAGUUUUAAUGUAAGUACUGACACGAAGACAAUACUUGCCAUUUCUUUAGAAAGUAAAGAAACAUCUGAUAAACCCGAAGAUGAAAGGAAUAAGCUGUCCAAAGUUGGACUAUCUCCUUUGGGCACACCCAGUGGAAAAGAGGAUAUCUCUGACGAAGGGACGACAAAACCUCUAGACAGAGAUGGAAAGAGUACAUUUAAAUGGCCAAACCUGGACAUCUCGGUGCCAAAAAUAAAAGGAACAACAGUUAUUAACACAUCUAAGAAAGACACGGCUCACACAGAGGCACCAGCUAAAGGAGGGCUAAUCCCAGAGGGCGAUACACUCCUCAAGAGCUCAGAUGUUCCUAAAGAAAUUGCAGAGGCAGAAAAACCUCAAAUGGAAAUAAAGCCAACUAAAACUGAAGGCGAGUUUGAUUGGGAAGCAAGUAAAUUUGAGAAGUUUGGAAUUAAAACUCCAAAAAUCAAAGGCCCAGAAUUUGACUUGAGUUUGUCAAAGAAAGAGGUACAUGGCAAAGCUGCAGGUAAACUCCCAGAAGCAUCUAAAACAGAAGUUACUCCUGGAAAGGGAAAUGUAUAUUUUCUAAAGCAAAAGAUGCAGUUAGAAAAACCUGGAGAAGUCAACCCUUUGCAGUCCAAGGGUGAACACGUACAAGGAGGCAAAAUAAAAAUCCCAAAGUUUGGAGUCAAAACAACAAAACUAGCAGGUCCUGAGAUAAGCUUGUCAAAGAAAGAUGCGGAGGUUACCCUGCCAGAGGCUAAAACUGAGAUCAAACUCACUGAAGGUUCAGAAACAGAUGUGAACAAAGAUAGUGUUAGGCCACAAGAAAAGAAAGGAAUAGAAAAGUCUGAUCUGAAAAUCAAAACAGUGCAGAAGGGAGGUGAAGCAAAAGGACACAAGAUCAAAAUGCCCCAGUUGGGAAUUGCACUACCAAAAGUUACAACGCAUGAGUCAGAUUUAAGCCUGUCGAAGAAAGGUAAAGAUCUGACACUGCCUGAAGUUAAAGGAGAAAUCAAAGAUCUUGAGGUUGAAGGAACUGGAUCAUCAACAAAACUAGAUGUUGGAGCUCCUGGAAUUAAAGUUGAAACAAAGGAUGUUGAAGGAUCGUCGUCAAAAUUCAAAAUGUCCCCUUUUAAAAUUCCCAGAAUUGGAGCUGCUACUCCAAUCCUCAGCGGAGAGGUAAGUGAAGCUUCUGAAACACACACAGUGGAAGAUGGGCCUGGUAUUGAUGCUACCAUACCAGACAGUGAUGUAAAAAUUAAAGCAUCUGAAAUUGAUGGAAGAGCAAGUAAGUUCAAAAUUCCAAAAUUUGGAAUAUCACUCCCAAAACUAAAAGGUUCUGAAACAGAUACAACCCAAUCCCAAAAGGUUGAUGUAGAUGUCACAUUGUUUAAAGGUGAAACUGAAAUAAAACUCAUUGAUGCUGAGCAUGAAGAACCUGGUAUCAGGCUGAAGGGCAAAUUUCCCCAGAUUGGAGUUCAGCAAGAUGUUGAGUACUCAACAUCAAAACCUGAAAUCGCAAUGCCAUUUUCUGAUGCUAAAGCAGAAGUCAAGCUGUCGCAAGUCGAUGGAGAAAAAAUCAACUUUUCAUCUCCUGUGGUCCUUAUUGAGACACCAGUGCUGGAGAUCCCGACCAUGAAGACUGAGAAUCACCUUGAUGGACAAGAAGAAAAGAUCCAGCUGUCAAAGAUUGAAAUAAAAAUGCCCAAAAUGAAAGGACCAGAAUUUAAACUUGGACUCUCAAGUAAAGACACAGAUGUCAUGGAGGCAGAAGGCAAAGUGGACAAUAAAGCUAAGGCAGAAGUCCCAGUUCCUACAGCAGAUGUUAGUCUGGGAAAAGCAGAAAUAUUGAUACCUUCUGAAAGAGUGGAAGUUGGAAAACCAGAAGUGCAAACUCAGCCUACAGUUGAAGGACCAGGAGGCAGGUUCAAAAUGCCAAAGUUUGGAAUCACAAUGCCAAAAGUCAAAGGACCUGAAGCAAAGAGGGAUGUAGAGGUGAAACUUACUGAGAAAAAGACUGACAUAAAAAUAUCUGAUGCUGAUUUUGAGGCACCAGAUGUGGAACAAUCACCAUCAAAAUUUAGUAUGCCAACUUUCAAAUUACCAAAAUUAGGAUUGGGCACUUCAAACAAAAAUGUAGAAGGAGAUGACAUUGAUAAGGACAUUCCUGAUGAGGUUCUUGAAGUUACCAUUGUUGCACCUAGCUCUGACCUCUCAAAUAUUGAUGCUGAUACACAUCUUCUUGAAAGUAAAACUGAAGUUGCACUUUCGAGUGAUGAUGUGAACAAAUACUCCAUUGAAGAGGAAGCUACAGCUCCACAAAUCAAAGUGUCAAAAAAAGAAAAAGAAGGGUCACCAUCCAAAUUUAAGAUGCCGACAUUCAAGUUACCAAAAUUUGGGCUUUCUGUUCAAAGUUCUACUGAAGAAGAGCCUCCUCUGGACAAAGAUCUCAAAACAGGAGAAGGUGAAAUUACCACUUCUGGAGAGAUUCUUGUAGGAAGUCUAGAAGCACCAAGAAUUGAUAUUAAGGCUCCAUCAGUGGCUUUAAAAACUACAGGAACUGAGAGUGAAGGAAGAGGAAGAAAGUUUAAACUGCCAAGUCUUGGUUUUUCAGCAUCACAAACCAAAGGUCCUGAUACUGACAUUACCUUACCCACAACAGACGAUGUUACCUUACCCACAACAGAUGUUGAUGUUACAGUACCACAAGUCAAAACAGAAAUCAAACGCCCUGAAGAAAAGUUUAACAAAUCUUUUGAGGUGGAAGCUAAAGCUCCAGAAUUUAAAAGAACAAAAAAGGAAACAGAGGGGUCACCAUCCAAGUAUAAGAUGCCGACAUUCAAGAUGCCAAAAUUUGGACUUUCUGUUCAAAGUUCCACAGCAGAAGUGCCUCCUUUGGACAAAGAUCUCAAAACAGGAGAAGGUGAAAUUACAACUUCCGGAGAGAUUCUUGUAGGAAGUCUAGAAGAACCAAGUAUUGACGUUAAGGCUCCAUCCGUAGAUUUAAAAUCUACAGAAACUGAGAGUGAAGGAAGAGGGAGAAAGUUUAAACUGCCAAGUCUUGGUUUUUCGGCAUCGCAAACCAAAGGUCCUGAUACUGACAUUACCUUACCCACAACAGAUGUUGAUGUUACAGUACCAGAAGUCAAAGCAGAAAUCAAAGUCCCUGAAGAAAGGUUUAACAAAUCUUUUGAAGUGGAAGCUAAAGCUCCAGAAUUUAAAGGUACGAAAAUAGAAACAGAGGGGUCACCAUCCAAGUAUAAGAUGCCGACAUUCAAGAUGCCAAAAUUUGGACUUUCUAUUCAGAGUUCCACAGCAGAAGUGCCUCCUUUGGACAAAGAUUUGAAGACAACUGGAGGAGAAAUGACAAUGUCAGAGGAGGUCAUUGUAGUUAGCACAGAAGGACCAAGUGUUGAAAUUGGGGAUUUAUCCAUAGAGUCAAAAAAACAGGAAAGUGAACGUGAAGGAAAAGGAAAAAGGUUUAAGUUGCCAAGUCUUGGAUUUUCUGCUACACAGGCCAAAGUGCCGGACACAGGUUUAAGCUUGAAGACAGGUGUAGAUGUUACACAACCAGAACUCAAAGCUGAAGUCAAAUUUCCUGAUGAUGAACUGAAAAGAAUAGAAACAGUAAUAGAAACUAAAGGACCUGAAUUUCAAGUCGAAGCAAAGGACAUUGAAGGAUCAACUUCCAAGUUUAAAAUGCCAACUUUUAAAUUACCCAAAUUUGGGCUUACCACUCAAAGUUCCACUGAAGAAAUACCCUCUUUUGACAAAGGUACCAAAAUCGGUGGCGGUGAAACCACAGGCUUAGAGGAGGUACUUACAGUUACCACAGAAGGACCAAGCAUUGAAAUUAAGGGAACAUCAGUAGAUUUAAGCACUGAAGGAAGUGAUCUUGAAGGAAAAGGAAGGAAGUUCAAACUGCCAAGUCUGAGUUUUUCAGUACCUCAAGCCAAAGAGCCAGAGACUGAUUUGAGCUUAAGGACAGAUGUAGAGGUUAAAGUACCGCAGGUAAAAGCUGAAAUCAAACUUCCAAGCAACAAAUCUUCUGUUGAAAUGGAAACUAAAGCACUUGAAACCAAAGAUACAAAAAAGACCACAGAAGGAUCACCCUCCAAAUUUAAAAUGCCAAAUUUCAAGUUACCAAAAUUUGGGCUUGCUACUCAAACUUCCACUGGAGAAGUACCUCCAUUAGACAAAGGUGUAAAACCAGUAGAAGGUAAAAUCACAACUUCAGAAGAGGUUAUUGUAGUUACCACAGAAGCACCAACCAUUGAAAUCAAGGGUCCAUUAUUAGAGCUAAAAACUGAAGGAAUUGAUCGUGAAGAAAAAGGAAAAAAGUUUAAGUUGCCAAGUCUAGGUUUUUCUGCGACAGAGGCCAAAGGGACUAGCAGUGGGUUGUCAAAGACAGAAGUAGAUGUUACAUUGCCAGAAGUAAAAGCUGAAGUCAAACUCCCUGAUGAGGAGAAUCUGAUAAAAACAUCUUCUGCAAUAGAAAUUAAAGGACCUGAAAUCAAAACAGUGACCAAGGAUGCUGAUGGUUCACCAUCCAAAUUUAAAAUGCCUGGAUUCAAGUUACCAAAAUUUGGGCUUACUACUCAAAGCUCUACGGAAGAAGGUCCUCCUUUGGAGAAAGAUGAGGAAGAUAGUGAACCUAAAAACACUGUCACCACGAUAGAUACUAAGGCGACUGAAAUAAUGGUUGUGUCAAAGGACACUGAUGGAUCGCCAUCCAAAUUUAAAAUGCCAGCAUUCAAGUUGCCAAAAUUUGGCCUUGCUACCCAAAGUUCAAACAAACAAGUGCAAGAUGCCAAAACAGUGAAAGGUGAAAGUUCUACUUUGGAGGAAGUUCUCACAGUUACAACAGAAGAACCAAGCAUAAAAAUUAAGGGCCCAUCUGUGGAUCUAAGGAGUUCAGAAACUGAUGAUGAAAGAAAAGGAAGUAAAUUUAAACUUCCGAGUCUUGGUUUUUCAUUAUCACAAUCCAAAGGACCGGAUACCAACAUCAGAUUACCCAAGGCAGAUGUAGAUGUAACAGCACCAGAAGUCAAAGCUGAAAUUCAAUUUUCCGAUGUAAAAGUGGAACAACCUUCAGGGCAAAUGGACAUUAAGUCUCCAGAGAUCGAAGCUGUUAUUGACACUACAUCAGAAGUUAAAAUGCCUACAAUUACAUUACCUAAGUUAGGAGCCGUAACCCCACAUGUCAGUAUGGAAAUACCUAAAAUGACCAAAGAGAAAAGGGGUGAUGUGGACCUUCAUGUUGAUACAGAUCCAGUAGAUUUGAAUGUUAAAGAAGGGGAACUAAAGAAAUACGAAGUUCAGCUACCUGGUUCUGAGGCAAAAGGCGAAGAUGAACCUACAGUUGAACUUGAAGGUAAAGUAAAACGGCUAAAUUGGACUUUUCCUAGCAUCUCAUUUUCAAGAACUGGUGGUAAAGCCUCUGAAGUCGAUGUCAACAUGGAAGCUCCAAAAGCUGGCGUUACGUCAAUGGAGACCAAAAUCUCAGAUAUAGAUGUAAAAAAAUCUUCAAUGGUCCCUGCAGUAGAAGCAACCCCAGCUCCAGAACUUGACCCAGGCUUAAAGAAAAGUAAGUUUUCACUUCCCAAGUUUUCCUUUUCAAAGCCGAGCUUGAAAGAGCCUGAAGUAAAAGCUGACCUCCCAGAUCACAGAAUAGAAGUCAAAAAUUAUGAAACCGACAUGACAACAGAGAUCAAACUCUCUGCAGAUGAAGACAAAUACGUCCUUACUGCUUUUGAAAUGACAACUUCUGAGGCUGAAGUCAAGUCCAAAAAAUUCAAAAUGCCAACUCUGAAAAUGCCAAGAUUUGGCAGUGCAUCUUAUGAGGCAACAGCAGAGACACACAUCUCAGAUAAAACAGCUGACGACGAUGGAAGUCAGCUGGGAGAGGGUGCUGCUGUUAUCAUCAAAGGUCCAAAGAUUGAUUUUAAAUCAGAUGCCCCCAAAUCAGAACAACCAGAUCAAGAAACCCUAAACACAGAAAGUGAUGGUGCGGUUCAAGGAUCUCCAAGUAAAUUCAAACUACCUACCUUCAAAAUACCACGGUUGGGUGUUUCAAGAUCCAAACCUGAAGAUGAAUCCGUUCACUUUGAGCAUGAAAAUAUUGAAGAUCAACUGGAAAUGAAGACUGAGCCAAAAGAAGAAAAUCUAUCACCAAAACUGACUUUAACAUCAUUUGGUGACAUUCUUAAGUCGAUUGAUGUUGACUUUGACGUUCGAAAAGUGGACAAAGUUGAUCAAGAUGUUGAAACCUCAAAGGAAUCUCAUGAACCAGGUGAACCCACCACAAUGCACACAGCGGCAAAAACAAAGCAUGAUACCACCAAAGGUUCGGAGAGCUCGAGCUGGUUUAAAUUCCCGAAGUUUGGCCUGUCUUCCCCAACAGAACAACAAAAGAUUCCUGACAAAGCAGAACAAGUAAAAGAUGGCAGCCCAGUAGGGGAAACCAAGGACGAGGAAGUAAGUCCCACCCUUUCUGUCCAGUCAUCAGAUGCUUUUGCUGAUGUAAGCUCUACAAUCACAAGUGAGCCUGUUGACCCAUUCAUACCCUCCCCAACCAAGGUGACAGUCAAAUACUCUGAUGAAAGUGCAGGUACUGGACUUGAAGAGAUUCACAGUGACAUCAUGACUUCCACCACAAGGACUGAGCUGAUCACAGAUGUGCCCUCCUUGCCGGAGAAGAUCACUAUUUUGUCUUCUGGUGUUUCAUCUUCUUCUGAAGAUACAGUAAGACUAACUUCGGGAAAAAUACACAUCAUUACAUCAAACAUACAGCCUACUCCUGAGUCACAGCAUGCCAAGAUUCUGUCUGCUGUCCAAGUCCAAUCAGCCGAAGGCUUUGCUUUACAGUCGGAGAGAGAUGAAGCUCCAUCGUGGAUGGUGCAAGAUGUUCAAAGUGCCACAAGGACAGUGAAACACUUAGUCCAAGAAACAACAACUGAAAGAAGUGAGAACAAGGAAACCGUGGUUAUAACCAAACAAAUCACUCAUAUAUUUGGCCCCACAGAGCCCAUCUCAGGGGAGACAGCGUCAUCUAUUCAACGUCUCAAAGACUCUGUGCACACUGAGAAAAUGAGGUUCUUUGAUGAGGCUGAGAAGUGAAAGAAUUUGUGCUUAAACAUGUGUGCUUGUUGAGGCUCGACAUAAAAGAAGGGCAUAGAGUUUCACCACCUGAAGUUAAAAACAAAAUGGCAACUGGAUGAGGGACCAAUCUAACAUACCAAUCACUGAAAGUUCUUUGUUAGCAUCCAGGUAUCACCAUGGCAAUGUGAUGUGGAGUUGCAUGCUUAUUGAGCUUUAUAGAAUUGCACCGCUGCAGCAAAGUGCGACUGUUACAUUUAUAUUGUGGUCAUGAUGUUAAUAAGCUGGUUAAAUGAUUCUCCUCAAUGCAUAACAUAUGUUUGUUUAUAGUAAACAAUGUUUGAUUUAUGCUAGCAUACACAGUGCCUUGCAAAAGUAUUGAUACUCACAUUUCAUCAUAUUACAACUACAGCAUUCAUGAGGUUUCAUGGGGAUUUUGGAUCCCAAAAUGGUGGGAAAACAAUGUAUGGUAUUUAAAUUAAGUGAAUAUUACCAAUAUUCUUAAAGAAAAUCUGGAAAAUGUGAUAUAUGUGUUAACACACACCCCUCCUUAAGUUCUCAAUAGAUACUAGAAUUACUUUUGGCUGCAAAUCCCAAGGGUGCUUUUCUGGAGGCUUUGUAUAUCUAGACAUAGGGAACUUUUCACAUUGUUCUGUGAACCUUAACCUUCAACUCUUGCCACAAACUCUUAUUAGGGCUGUCCUCACUGAAGAAUAGCAUCCCCACAGCAUGAUUCUACUAGCACCAUUAAAGGGGCAGUGUUAUGUAAAAUAAACUUUUUUGAGCUUUACAUCACAUUAGAACGUCAUCCCUAAUCAAAAAACAUGCCUGGAGUGUUGGCUUGACAAAUUAAGACUAGUCAGUAGCAAUUAGCAAACAGCUGGUGGAACUGCACAUCUGCUGAGCUCAUAAUAGGAGCUACUUCUCAGUGAAAGGCU